CAGGUAACCCUCACAUCAGAUUGAAGUCCAAACCUGAAGGACUUGUUUGCUGACUUAUUGAACAGGGAAGAGAACAAGGAAACGCAAAGUAUUUUUUAUUUACCUCUCAGUGUGGAUGCAUGUCUCUCAUGGACACUUAUACGGAAACUUUACAAUGAGUCAGUCUGAGGAAAGCAUGGAGGCGUCUGUGCCCAAAAAUGAUGGUGUGUCCUAUGAAAACGGUACACUGGUCGGACCUCAAAGGAACGAGGAGAAAAGCUCCACAUCUGAUUCACAGAGUCCUUCCCUGAAAAAUCUGAAAUCCAUGGAUCAUCCUCCUACUUUCCAAAAGGAAAACGGAGUUUCAAAGGCAGAGCAGAUGAAGUUCCCCAUGAAAACGAACAAAUCCUUGGAUUGUCCAAUUGGUUUUAAACAUUUGAUGCGGAGAACAGUAAACUCUCCUACACCAAGUGUUGUGUCUCUAAAGAGCAACAACUCGAUGGAUUACCCUGUUAAUUUUAAACGUUCUUCAUUUGCAGGUUUCAGGCAUAAAACAGUAAACUCUUCUACACCAAGCGUUGUGUCGCUAAAGAGCAACAACUCAAUGGAUUACCCUGUUAAUUUUAAAGGUUCUUCAUGGUCAGGUUUUGGGCAGAAAAUGGGAAACUCUUCCACACCGAGCGUUGUGUCCCUAAAGAGCAACAACUCGAUGGAUUACCCCGUCAAUUUUAAAGGUUCUUCGUCUUCAGGUUGUGGGCAGAAAAUGGGAAACUCUUCCACACCGAGCGUUGUGUCCCUAAAGAGCAACAACUCGAUGGAUUACCCCGUCAAUUUUAAAGGUUCUUCAUCUUCAGGUUGUGGGCAGAAAAUGGGAAACUCUUCCACACCGAGCGUUGUGUCUCUAAAGAGCAACAACUCGAUGGAUUACCCCGUCAAUUUUGAAGGUUCUUCAUCUUCAGGAUCUGAUGACAAAACACUGGAGAAGACCAGCAGAUUUCAUGGAGACCUUCGUAAAGUUUUUGAGAGACUUGAGAGAGAAACUGUCACUCUUGUAAGGAGCGAACUGAAGAAACUUCAUCAGCUGUUAACUCCGAAACGCCUUUGGACACAUGAUGUGAUCAGAGACGUGUUUCAUUGUGAGGAAAGAGAGAAGAUCCUUACCGGAGAAGAAGACGAGGUCAUAAACUUCCUGAGGGAAUUUUUGAGGAUGAGGAAGCAUGGAGACUUUGCUGACGCUCUAUCGUCCAGUCGCUCUGUCAGAAGCCCAUCUAAGGACAAAGAUGAGUCACAUGUGACCAAACUCUCUGAACUUGAAGACCAGCAGCUCAAAUCUGAGAGAAUCCCCCCAAAGGCAGACAUGGACACAAUAUUUAAGAAUCUUGAGGGGAACAUUGUUGUCUUUGUUGAGAAUGAGCUGAGAAGUUUUCAUAAGCUCUUAAACAGAGAGACUGUUCAUAGCCAAGAUGAGGAUGAAGAGGGUUUAAAUUGGGAGGAGGAAGAGCAGAAGAAAAUUACCAAAGAAGCUUUUCUGAACAUGAUCUUGAAGUAUUUGAGAAGAAUGGAGCAAGAAGGGAUGGCCUUUGCUCUACUAAACAAUAGUGUUAUGUCCAAAUGCCAACUUAAACUCAAAUCCAACCUGAAGGAGAGGCUAGCAUAUGUGCUUGAAGGAAUGGCCAAAGACGGUCAUCCAACCCUUCUUAAUAAGAUCUACACUGACCUCUACAUAACUGAAGGACGUGAAGAGGUCAUCUGUGACCAUGAAGUGAAACAUUUUGAAAAAGCUCUCAAAAGAAUAGUUAAACCACUAACAAUCAGAUGUGAAGAGCUCUUCAAACCCAUUACAGGAAGAGACAAACCAGUAAGAACAGUGAUGACAGAGGGAGUGGCUGGCAUUGGAAAAACAGUCUUGACACAGAAGUUUGCGCUGGACAGGGCUGAAGGAAAAAAUAACCAAGACAUCCAGUUCACAUUUCCAUUUUCCUUUAGAGGACUGAACAUGGUGAAGGACAAAAAGUUCAGUUUGGUUGAACUUAUUCAUCUUUUCUUCCCUGAAAUGAAAGAAGCUGGAAUCUGCUCUUUUGAACACUUCAGAGUUUUGUUCAUCUUUGAUGGUCUGGAUGAGUGUCGAUUUCCUCUGUAUCUGAAAACCAAAGAGAUCCUGACCAAGGUUACACAGUCCGCCUCAUUAGAGAUACUGCUGGCAAACCUUUUCAAGGGGAGGUUACUUCCUUCAGCUCUUGUCUGGAUCACAACUCGACCUGCAGCAGCCCAUCACAUCCCUCCUGAGUUUGUUGACAUGAUGACUGAAGUGAGAGGAUUCAAUGAUCCUCAGAAGAAGGAGUACUUCAGAAAGAGAUUCACAGAGGAAGAGGAAAGCAAAAGAGUAAUUUCUCAUAUCAAAUCAUCAAGAAGCCUCUACAUUAUGUGCCAUAUCCCUGUCUUCUGCUGGAUCAUUGCUACAGUUCUAGAGGAUGCCAUUAAAACCAGAGAAGAAGCAGACCUACCCAACUCCCUGACAGAGAUGUAUAUCCUCUUCCUGGUGGUUCUGUCCAAGGUGAAGAAUGUCAAGUAUGAUGAAAACGCUGACAAAAAUGCCUUCUGGACUCCAGAGACCAGGAAGAUGAUUGAAUCCUUGGGAAAACUGGCCUUUGAGCAGUUAAUGAAAGGCAACCUGGUUUUCUAUGAAUCUGACCUGACAGAGUGCGGCAUUGAUGUCAGAGCAGCCUCAGUGUAUUCAGGGGUGUUCACAGAGAUCUUUCAGGAGGAGAGAGGGUUUUUCCAUCAGAACAUGUUCUGCUUUGUCCACUUGAGCAUUCAGGAGUUUCUGGCUGCUCUUCAUGUCCAUCUGACAUUCAUCAACACUGGCGUCAAUCUGCUGGACGAAGAGGAAUCAGUCUCACCUGGGUCAAAGAUCUCUGAAGAACAAAUUGAGCACUUCUACAAGAAUGCUGUAGAGAAAACUAUAGAUAGUCCAAGUGGCAAACUGGAUCUGUUUCUGAGAUUCCUUCUUGGUCUUUCUCUGAAAACCAAUCAGACGCUCCUGCAAGGCUUUGUGACGGAAAGAAGAACAUCAAGCAGUUCAUUGAAAAACAUAGCUCUGUACAUCAAGAAGAGGAUUGAAGAGAUUCAGUGUCCCUAUGAUAAAGCCAAUUUAUUUCACUGUCUAAAUGAACUGAAGGAACUUUCUUUAGUGGCAGAGAUUGAACAAAUCUUGAAAUCAGGAAAACUGGAGACAGAAAAUUUCUCUAAAGCUCAGUGGGGAGCACUGUUCCACAUUCUGCUGUCUUCAGACGAUUAUGAGAAAAACUUUGAUAUGAGAAAGUAUUAUAUUUCAAAGGAGGCUCAAGAGAAUUUUGCUCCACUCUUAAUAUGCUCAACUAAAGCUGUACUCAGCUGCUGUUUCCUGAAUGAGGAAAGCUAUACACUUAUUGGAGAUAUUCUCAGUAAUCCGUCCUGUUUAUUGAAAGACUUGGACCUGAGUAACAACGACAUGAAAGAUUCAGGACUGAAGCUGCUGUGUGAAGGCAUUUCCAAACCAGUCUGUAAACUUGAAACCUUAAGGUUGUCAGGUUGUUUAAUCACAAGAGAAGGUUGUGAAGUUCUGGCAUCAGCUCUGGCUUCUAACCCGUCUCACCUCAAAGAGUUGGACCUGCGUUACAAUUACCCAGAAGAACAUGGAGUGGCUCUCCUCUCUGCUGGACUGGAAGACCCAAACUGGGCAUUAACAACUCUUAGGGUGGAGCCGAGUGGAUUACAGUUUUUAAAACCCGGUCUGAGGAAGUAUGCCGUUGAACCCAUCCUGGACUCCACCACCACACACAGAAACCUCACACUCUCUGAAUUUAACAGAAUAAUGACAGUGGGACAAGGAGAGAAGGUCUCUUGGUCUGAUGCCGAGGAGCUGCUGGGUAGACAUGAUCUCACUGGUCGCUGUUACUGGGAGGCAGAGUGGAGAGGAAAAGCUUCCAUUGGAGUGACAUACAAAGAAAUCAGAAAGAGAGGGGAAAUAAAUCGCUGUGGUCCUGGAAUGAAUGAUCAGUCAUGGGCUUUGUUGUGCUCAAAGGAAGGAUUCUCUGUUCUGCACAACAACAACAUAACUAAAAUCUAUGUAGACCCCUCAAACAAAGUAGGGGUGUAUGUGGACUGGCCUGGUGGCACUGUGUCUUUCUUUGGGGUUUUCCCUGACAAAAUGACCUACCUUCACACCUACAACACCAAAUUCACUCAACCUUUGUAUCCUGUUUUGAGAAUAGAACCCGUUAAAAUUAGAAUGGCCACUAUGCUGUAACAACUGGAAUGGCCAGAAGCUGUCAGUGCAGAGCACCUCUCUUUGCCCAACACAACUCCCACACAUAGCUUUGAGGCAUCUGGUGUCGGAUUUUGUACUUAACGCAGCAUCUCAUUGGUGAGCUGCCAAACAUCCUGGGCAUCUCAGUUGUUCAAGACCAAGCAGAAAACUGCACCUUUAUUUUGUCAUCUGAAACAUCCUGUUGCAACACCUGCUGACCUAAGUGUCAAACUGGAAAAGGAUGUUGGUGAGAGUAAUCCUGUAAAUUACAAUACUUACCAAUCCAUAGUAGAAAGUCUACGAAAUACAAGAAAAUAGCAGAAGAGGUGAGUACUGUCCAAUGAAAAUCCAAAUGCUCCACUUCUGACCACAGUGAUACUUAAAAAGCAGAGUGAACCUUGAUGUCAAGUAUGACGGUUCAUUAAUGAAAACUUUGGUCGGCUUUGCUGGUGCUGAUUGGCUUGUCAAAUGGAGAUCAAGAUGUUCGCCGUUCAACUACAGACAAUCUAUUUCUUCUGCAUGGAAGAAAACUGAACUGACUUUGCAAGAAACAACCAACAGUUGCACUUUCAGUGUCAGAAGCUGACUAUGUUUCUCUCAGUCAAGCAGCCAGAGGGAAGCUGCCUGAGAAGAUUACUGAGUGAACUAGGUUUGGUAACCAAGCAUAUUUACGUAUGAUUACAUUCCUGAGUGCAUGGAGAAUCGUGAAGUUAAGUUGCACUACUGUCCAACAGAUGACAUGAAGGCAGAAAAUCUCAACAAAUCCUCUUGCAAGACAGAAAUCUGAGCGUCUUAGGAGAGAUAGUCUUUUAUUCUUCUAAUGUAAAUAUGUUAUAUAAUGUUCUGCCAUGUUGUUAUGUUGUAACAUUUACAAUGUUUCUCCUGAAUAGCAGUAAAAUAAUACGCAAGAAAGGAAAAUGACUGAUCAGUUAGUCUUAUACGUUUUGGAGUUACGUUUAUUAUUUAAACAUUAUUUUGUAUCUUUAUGCGAUUGUGAAAAUUAAGAGAAAAUGUAUAAUGAAUGUUAACAGAGAGGCUACAAUGCUGCCAUCUGGUGCAUCUUUGAAGUAUUUCAUUAAGUAAAUAAACAUGCUAAACGUUAUUCUCAUCAGUUUAAUACGGCCGUUAAUCACUUGUUGAUAAUGACUUACUCACUUCAUGUGUGAUUUUUAAAAGGAUACUGUGUGUGGGGGUAUGGAUGUAUAUACUGUAUUUGGACAUAAGUAAACCCGGAUAAAAUGGAAACUUUAUUAACCUAUGUUUAUUUUUUAUUAUUUUUAUUUUAUUUAAUAAUGAGAGUCCGUCUGAGAAUAGUAUAUGAGUUUAUCGGGUAGGAGUUCAUAAGUGUCUUACUUCUUCCUACUUCUUUUUGAACAUGUUAAGAUGAUUGUAGCACAAAAAUUAGUUUUUUACAUGGCUUGCUCAUGUGUGUGAUUUUGUACUUCUAUCAUGUUCAAAAAUAAAAGACAUACACAAAUAAA